UCCUCGGCAAUAUGGCUGCCUCCUUGGUGUGCUGCUGAGGAGAAUUUGGCUCUCCGGAACAGUUUCCUUCAGCUUCUCAAACCCCGCUACUUGGGGAACUUCUCCGCGAAGAGGAACUACCCGCUGCCCGAGUCGGGGAACAUAAUGGGUCGAAUUGGGCGGCCGUCGCUGCAGCCGCGCAAAAAGCAGGCACCUCCGCGGGGGUAGGACGAUUAUUCCCCUCUGGCUGCACGCUGUCGGAAAUGGGCCCAGGAGGGAGAGUCUGAUCUCAUCGCUUGGUCCGGAGUGAUCCCCCGAGGGGUGAUCUUGUCGGCGGCGAGCUGCUUUCCGAGGACAGAUACAGCCAAGGCUGGAACAGAGAGAGGUGCCUACGGCCAAAUCGUUCGUUCCUUUCGGAAUUCAUCCUUACCCCGUUGGCUAGUUUUGCCUCAAAACGGGAGAUCAAAGUGCAAGCCUCUCCUUUGUAGCUGUGCCGGGCAAAGAAUCCAGCGCUCGGAUUCUUCAAACGCCUGAAUCCAGAUCGACUCACUGAAGUUCACAGUAUAUUCUGACAUCCCAUCAACAAUUAAGAAAAGAAAUCUUUUGUCUUAACGAGAGUAUAUGUUGAACUGCACUGCACUGCACAGCACAGUUGCUUGAGAAGCGAUACAUUUAUCCGACUCUCCCAACUUGGACAACCCUGAUUUCUCAACUUCUGCUUUUCCUGCGAUUUCUCUAGAGUAUGUAGAACAAGGCAUCAGCUUUAUUCUGAGCAAGAGAGCAAAGUGUGGUAUCGCUGCAGCUUUUCUACUUUAGCUCUGAUCCAAGUGCUCUGCUACAGAGCUACAUAGAAAGCCAUGUUUUCUAUCUAAAAUACUUUUAGACCGAUCAUAUCAAACUUCGGUUCAAGUGUGCAUUGUCUGAUAGUAUUCUAAACUAAAUCAUUGUAUUGUGGGCAGGAACUUUUUUCAAUAAAAAGAGUUAUCUGUGAUCACCCUAUAUCUCUUGAAUAUUGAGAUAAUAUCCUGUUUCUGAAGAGGGAUAAAAAAAGAUCCAUGUGCACAUCUGUGAUCAUUGUUUCAACUAGACAACAAUAGAUCAUUGACUACUAGAUAGUUUCCCCUUGAAUAGUGAUUACAUUACUCCCUGAGAUUACCCAUUCUACACAGGAAUUUCCCAGAUGCUGCACUAGGAACAUUGUCAUACAAUUUAACAGUAACAUUCAUACAUCUAUUUUGAAAAAAAAAAGCAUAAAACAUAGAGUUAAACAACUAACAUAGUGUCUUGUUAUCCAGUUAAAACAUUUCCUUGGAGUAGUGAUUUUUUCCCUCUACUGGUUACACUGAUCUCUACUCUUCUUGAUGGAGUCUGAUAUGCUGCAGUCACCCCUCCUGGGCCUUGGGGAGGAAGAUGAGUCGGACAUGACGGACUGGAAUUUGCCUUUGGCCUUUAUGAAGAAGAGGCACUGUGAGAAAAUUGAGGGCUCCAAAUCACUGGCUCAGAGUUGGCGGAUGAAAGACCGGAUGAAGACUGUUAGUGUUGCCUUAGUACUGUGCCUGAAUGUUGGGGUGGAUCCUCCUGAUGUGGUAAAAACAACUCCAUGUGCUCGACUUGAAUGCUGGAUAGAUCCACUGUCAAUGGGGCCACAGAAAGCUCUAGAAACCAUUGGUGCAAAUUUGCAAAAACAGUAUGAAAAUUGGCAACCGAGGGCCCGGUACAAACAAAGUCUAGAUCCUACAGUUGAUGAAGUUAAGAAACUAUGUACUUCAUUGCGUCGAAAUGCCAAAGAAGAAAGAGUCCUUUUCCAUUAUAAUGGACAUGGUGUCCCCAGGCCAACAGUGAAUGGAGAAAUUUGGGUCUUUAAUAAGAACUACACUCAAUAUAUCCCGUUAUCCAUAUAUGAUCUACAAACGUGGAUGGGCAGCCCCUCCAUUUUUGUGUAUGAUUGCUCAAAUGCUGGCCUUAUUGUCAAGUCUUUCAAACAAUUUGCCCUGCAGAGGGAGCAGGAACUGGAGGUUGCUGCAAUUAACCCCAACCAUCCACUUGCUCAGAUGCCCUUGCCUCCUUCAAUGAAAAAUUGUAUUCAACUAGCAGCAUGUGAAGCUACUGAGUUGCUACCAAUGAUCCCUGACUUACCAGCUGACCUGUUCACGUCCUGCCUUACCACACCAAUCAAGAUUGCACUUAGAUGGUUUUGCAUGCAGAAGAGUGUGAGAUUGGUACCAGGAGUAACGCUGGAUUUAAUAGAAAAAAUUCCUGGGAGGCUCAAUGACAGGAGAACGCCUCUAGGAGAAUUGAAUUGGAUUUUUACAGCCAUCACGGAUACAAUUGCAUGGAACGUCCUACCCAGAGAUCUUUUCCAAAAGCUCUUCAGACAGGAUCUUCUAGUAGCAAGCCUCUUUCGAAACUUUUUGCUGGCAGAAAGAAUAAUGAGGUCUUAUAACUGCACACCUGUCAGCAGCCCCCGUCUACCUCCAACUUAUAUGCAUGCCAUGUGGCAAGCAUGGGAUCUUGCUGUGGAUAUAUGCCUAUCUCAGCUGCCUACCAUUAUAGAGGAAGGGACUGCAUUUAGGCACAGCCCAUUCUUUGCUGAACAGCUUACAGCCUUUCAAGUCUGGCUAACAAUGGGAGUGGAAAACCGCAAUCCUCCUGAACAGCUCCCUAUCGUAUUGCAGGUAUUGCUGAGUCAAGUACAUCGGUUACGAGCUCUUGAUUUACUUGGCCGUUUUUUGGAUCUGGGUCCCUGGGCUGUUAGCUUGGCUUUGUCUGUUGGCAUUUUCCCCUAUGUAUUAAAACUGCUUCAAAGUUCUGCUCGAGAACUAAGACCUCUUCUGGUUUUCAUCUGGGCCAAAAUCCUUGCAGUGGACAGUUCAUGCCAAGCUGACCUUGUGAAGGACAAUGGUCACAAAUAUUUCCUUUCUGUUUUGGCAGAUCCUUAUAUGCCGGCUGAACACAGAACAAUGACAGCUUUCAUCUUGGCAGUGAUUGUCAACAACUACAACACAGGACAGGAAGCUUGCCUCCAAGGGAACUUGAUUGCCAUUUGCCUGGAGCAGCUGAAUGAUCCCCACCCUCUGCUGCGCCAGUGGGUGGCUAUUUGCUUGGGCCGCAUCUGGCAGAAUUUUGACUCUGCGAGGUGGUGCGGCGUGAGGGACAGCGCUCAUGAAAAACUCUACAGCCUUCUCUCCGAUUCAAUACCUGAGGUUCGCUGUGCAGCAGUCUUUGCCCUUGGCACUUUUGUAGGCAAUUCUGCUGAGCGGACAGAUCAUUCCACUACAAUAGAUCACAACGUUGCCAUGAUGCUGGCCCAGCUCAUUAAUGAUGGAAGCCCCAUGGUCCGAAAGGAGUUAGUUGUGGCACUGAGUCACCAUGUGGUUCAGUAUGAAACCAAUUUCUGCACAGUUGCCUUACAGUUUAUGGAAGAAGAGAAGAAUUAUGCAUUACCCUCACCUGCUGCUCCAGAGGUUGGAAGUCUGACUCCAGUCCGAGAUAAUCCAUGUACUCCAAAACUCCGUUCUGUCAGCUCCUAUGGAAAUAUCCGAGCAGUCACUACAGCAAGGAACUUGAAUAAGUCUUUGCAGAAUCUCAGUUUGACUGAAGAAUCUGGAAACUCUGUUGCAUUUUCCCCUGGGAAUCUGAGCACCAGCAGCAGUGCCAGCAGCACCUUGGGCAGCCCUGAAAAUGAAGAAUAUAUCUUGUCUUUCGAGACGAUUGACAAGAUGAGGAGAGUCAGUUCCUACUCAUCACUAACUUCUCUGAUAGGGGUGUCUUUCAAUAGUAUUUAUACCCAAAUUUGGAGAGUCCUCUUACACCUGGCUGCUGAUCCAUACCCUGAUGUGUCAGACCUGGCUAUGAAAGUGCUGAACAGCAUUGCUUACAAGGCAACUGUAAAUGCCCGCCCCCAGCGCAUCCUUGACACAUCCUCUGUCACGCAUUCUGCCCCAGCCAGUCCUACUAACAAAGGCAUGCACAUACAUCAAGUAGGAGGGUCACCACCAACUGCAAGUACCAGCAGCUCUAGCUUGACCAAUGAUGUGACAAAGCAGACUGUCAAUCGGGACAUCUCAUCUGUAAGACCUGCAAAUGCUGGCAACGUGGGAGUGCAGUACACUCCCCACUCCCACCAGUUUCCCAGGACAAGGAAAAUGUUUGACAAAGGCCCAGAUCAGAUUACUGAUGAUACUGAUGAUACUGUGGGUCCCAAAAAUUUCAUGUCAGCAGCAAUGCAGACCGGGUUUUGUGAUUGGAGUGCUAAGUAUUUUGCCCAGCCGGUAAUGAAGAUUCCCGAAGAGCAUGAUUUGGAGAGCCAGAUCCGCAAAGAGAGGGAGUGGCGAUUUCUGCGCAAUGCUAGAGUCCGAAAGCAAGCACAGGCAAUUAUCCAAAAAGGUAUUUCAAGACUAGAUGAUCAAAUCUUUCUAAACAGGAACCCCGGCAUGCCUUCUGUAGUCAAGUUUCAUCCGUUCACACCAUGCAUAGCAGUGGCUGACAAAGAUAGCAUCUGUUUUUGGGAUUGGGAAAAAGGGGAAAAGUUGGACUAUUUUCACAAUGGAAACCCACGUUACACUAGGAUCACUGCCAUGGAAUAUCUGAAUGGACAAGACUGUUCGCUACUCCUGACUGCUACAGAUGAUGGUGCUAUAAGAGUGUGGAAAAACUUUGCUGACCUGGAGAAGAAUCCAGAGAUGGUAACAGCCUGGCAGGGUUUGUCAGACAUGCUACCUACGACACGUGGUCUGGCCCGAAGGGUUUCAAUCUAUCUUGACAGAAGUAAACAGGGAGGAGCAGGAAUGGUGGUGGAUUGGGAACAAGAAACCGGACUUCUCAUGACUUCCGGAGAUGUGCGCAUCAUCCGAAUCUGGGAUACAGAUCGAGAAAUGAAAGUGCAGGAUAUUCCCACGGGGGCUGACAGCUGUGUCACCAGUCUGUCCUGUGAUUCUCAUCGUUCGCUCAUUGUAGCAGGGCUUGGAGAUGGCUCCAUUCGGGUUUAUGACCGACGGAUGGCUCUGAGUGAAUGCCGUGUGAUGACCUAUCGAGAGCAUACAGCCUGGGUGGUGAAGGCAUAUUUGCAGAAACAUCCUGAAGGCAACAUCAUGAGUGUCAGUGUAAAUGGAGAUGUCCGCUUCUUUGAUCCAAGAAUGCCAGAAUCCGUAAAGGUCCUCCAGAUAGUCAAAGGAUUAACUGCUUUGGACAUUCACCCCCAAGCCAACUUAUUUGCAUGCGGUUCUAUGAAUCAAUUCACUGCUAUCUACAAUGGGCAUGGUGAGCUGAUCAACAAUAUCAAGUAUUACGAUGGAUUCAUGGGCCAGAGAGUAGGAGCCAUCAGCUGCCUAGCCUUUCAUCCACACUGGCCUCACCUGGCAGUUGGAAGCAACGAUUACUACAUCUCUGUGUACUCAGUAGAGAAACGAAUCAGAUAACAGCGUGGGACUGCUUUGUCAGGGCUGGACGUCUUCUGGCAGGCAAAACAUGCCUCACUUACGAUGUACAUAGUGAAAAUAUGACUUGAAUGUUAGUGUUGGCUGCUGCUGCUGCUGCUGCUGUGCAACCCCGUGACUUGAACAUUUUUUUUUUCUUCCUGACUUAGCUACUGAUGAUUCUGCAUCAGAGGGGAGGGAGAGAAGUGUGGUCUUCUUCAUAGCUGGGACUUCCAGGAACUAUUGGAAAAGGAGAAUUUAAAUUUUCAGCGAGUCCCACCACCCACCACCACUACCACUACUAAUGACUGCUUCUCUGGUUGUUUAAACGUCUUCUCGGAAGAGGGAUGGGGUUUUCCCCUAAAUCAGGAACGAAUUCAGAACAGGCUCUACCGUUCCACAUGUUCUUCCUAGAAAGUCUAUGGCUGCUCCCGGUUUUGUGCCAAGUGCUGCCCUGGCAGUUGCAUGCUAGCAGGUUGCCUGAUUUGGAUAGUCCAUGCAUAUCUUUCCACUCUGUAUGCCACCGGCCACCUCUGUUAUUCAUUGUCCUGCCAGAAACAAGAGGAAAAACAAAAAUUAAGGAGACUCUUAAGGGAGAGAAAGAGAGAGAGAGAACGUUAAUGGCUGCCACUGUGGAAGGGAAAACAGGAAAGUACCCCAGUUUCUGUGGUGUUCGUUGGAAAACAGCCGUAGCUACAUGAAAAAGCAUUACAGGGCAAGAGACCUUCCCCCUUUUAUGCCCUCCAUCCUUAAGCAGUGACCCUCUGCUCCUUUUACUCAUAGUAGAGUCCCUUAAGCACAAGAAAUGGCCUGCUACCUCCGCAUAGACAAUAAAGAUUUCACUUAUUGUACCACUGCCUUAAAUCCGCCCUCCCUCCCCAAUUCUGUUUGACAGAAGUGCUAUUGAUCAGCUUAUUAACGGAUGCAGGUACUUGCAGCAGGCUUAAGGCCAAUGCCCACGUAGAAGUCCUUCCUCUGCUUCAGACCCUUGCACAGUGGCAAGCUCUGUACACGCCCAGGACUUUUAUAUUCGCAGGGGGCACGUGAUCACUGCAAAGAACGGUUGAUUUUCCCCUACUACAGAGACCACGAUCUGGCCCAACCCAAGAAAAAUAAUCUCAUGUAGGAAACUGCCUCGAUAGCUUAAGAUCAGAAGGCCUUCCUUGAAUUGUGUGAAUUGUGCCUGAAUUGUGUUAAUUCUUCUGGCAUUGGCUCCAAGGGCAGAUG